GAGGAUGGCGGAGGCCGCGGGUCCGGAGUCUGAGGUCCGGUGCCCGGACGAGUCCUCGGAUAGCGAGCCGGAGCAGGAGCCCGGAUCCCCGCAGAAGCUCAUCCGGAAAGUGUCGACGUCCGGACAGAUCCGCAGCAAGACAGUGUUGAAGGAAGGAGACCUGAUGAAACAAACCAACUCGUUCCAGCGCUGGAAGAGACGAUACUUCAAACUCAGAGGAAGAACUCUGUACUACGCUCAGACGGCCAAGUCGAUCAUCUUCGAUGAAGUGGACCUGACGGACGCCAGCGUCGCAGAGUCCAGCACCAAGAACGUCAACAACAGUUUCACUGUCAUCACCCCCUGCAGACGUCUCAUUCUGUGUGCAGACAACAGGAAGGAGAUGGAGGAGUGGAUGGCGGCUCUGCGCAGCGUCCAGAACAGACAGAACUAUGAGUCCACUCAGUACAGCAUGGAUCACUUCAGUGGGAUGCACAACUGGUACGCCUGUUCUCACGCCAGACCGACGUACUGUAACGUCUGUCGAGAGGCUCUGUCAGGAGUGACAUCACACGGCCUGUCCUGUGAAGUGUGUAAGUUUAAGGCUCACAAACGUUGUGCGGUCAGAGCCACUAACAACUGUAAAUGGACGACACUGGCUUCUAUUGGUCGAGACAUCAUCGAGGACGAGGACGGGGUGUCCAUGCCUCACCAGUGGCUGGAGGGGAACGUGCCGGUGUCAGCGAAGUGUCUCGUGUGUGAGAAGACGUGCGGCAGCGUCCUGCGCCUGCAGGACUGGAGGUGUCUGUGGUGUAAGACCAUGGUUCACUCGGGCUGUAAGGAGCAGCUGUCCUCUAAGUGUCCUCUGGGACAGUGUAAAGUGUCCGUCAUCCCUCCGACCGCGCUCAACAGCAUCGACUCUGACGGGUUCUGGAAGGCGUCCUGUCCUCCGUCCUGCACCAGUCCGCUGCUUGUCUUCGUCAACUCCAAAAGUGGAGACAAUCAGGGCGUCAAGUUCCUGCGACGCUUCAAACAGCUGCUGAACCCGGCCCAGGUGUUCGACCUGAUGAAUGGAGGACCACACCUGGGGUUGAGGUUGUUCCAGAAGUUCGACACGUUCAGGAUCUUGGUUUGUGGAGGAGACGGCAGCGUCGGGUGGGUUCUGUCCGAGAUCGACUCCUUAACGCUGCACAAACAGUGUCAGCUCGGGGUUCUUCCUCUGGGGACCGGGAACGAUCUGGCCCGGGUUCUGGGUUGGGGUUCAGCCUGUGACGAUGACACUCAGCUGCCACAGAUCCUGGAGAAGCUGGAGAGAGCCAGCACCAAGAUGUUAGACAGAUGGAGCAUCAUGGUCUAUGAGACGAAGUUUCCACGGCAACACUCUGCUUCCACCGUCACAGAGGACUGCAGUGAUGACUCCGAGGUUCAGCAGAUCCUGACAUAUGAGGACUCAGUGGCUGCUCACCUCUCCAAGAUCCUGACCUCAGACCAGCACUCGGUGGUCAUCUCCUCCGCAAAGGUUCUGUGUGAGACGGUGAAGGAUUUUGUGGCUCGUGUUGGGAAAGCUUAUGAGAAGAACACAGAGAGUUCUGAGGAGUCCGACUCCAUGGCCCAGAAGUGUGGCGUACUGAAGGAGAAACUGGACUCGUUGUUGAAGACGCUGAACGAAGAGUCUCGGGCGUCCGCCGUCCUCUCCCCUGCCCCCCCCCCCACCAUUGCUGAGGACAAGGAGGAGGUAGAGGGUAUUGUGCUGCCCCCCCCCAUCCCUCCUCCUCCUCCUCAUGCCCCGCUCAGCUCCGCCCCCUGCUCCACACGGGUUAACGUGUCAUCUUCAGCCGCCAUCUUUAAACCCAGAGAGCAGCUGAUGCUGCGAGCCAACAGUCUGAAGAAAGCCAUCAGACAGAUCAUCGAGCACACGGAGAAAGCUGUGGACGAGCAGAACGCCCAGACGCAGCAGCAGGUUUUCUCUCUGAGCCGAGCGGAGGAAGAGGAGGAUCUGGUGGAGGAGGAAGAGGAGGAGCUAGAGGAGGAAGAGUCAUCGUACAGCAACAAACAGCACAACACGCGGCGAGUCAGUAAGACGCACUGUGAGAAGCUGAUCAGUAAAGGAAGUCUGUCAUUGGGCAACUCUGCAUCACUUCCUGUCCAGACAGGAAGUAGAGAGAACAUGCCCACGAUCAACACAAAUAUCCUGUUCCCAGGCUCUCUCUCCAGUAGUUCAGUGAUCAGUCGUCUCUUGGUCAACACCGACCCGUUCAGCUGUGACCCCGACAACAUGGACUGUUUCACCGAGAAGUGUGUGAUGAAUAAUUACUUUGGAAUCGGACUCGAUGCAAAAAUCUCUCUGGACUUUAACAACAAGAGAGACGAACAUCCAGAGAAGUGCAGAAGCCGGACUAAGAACAUGAUGUGGUACGGUGUUCUAGGAACCAAAGAGCUGCUGCACAGAACCUACAAGAACCUGGAGCAGAGGGUUCUCCUGGAGUGUGAUGGGCGUCCCAUCCCCCUCCCCAGUCUUCAGGGAAUCGCAGUGUUGAACAUACCGAGUUACGCUGGAGGAACCAACUUCUGGGGAGGAACCAAAGAGGAUGAUACGUUCACUGCUCCGUCCUUCGAUGAUAAGAUCCUGGAGGUGGUGGCGGUGUUCGGCAGUAUGCAGAUGGCCGUGUCCCGAGUCAUCAACCUCCAGCACCACCGCAUCGCACAAUGUCGGACAGUGAAGAUCACCAUCCUGGGUGAUGAGGGCGUUCCGGUUCAGGUGGACGGCGAGGCUUGGAUCCAGCCUCCAGGUUACAUCAAGAUCCUCCACAAGAACCGAACGCAGACUCUGACCAGAGACCGGGCGUUUGAGAGCACCCUGAAAUCCUGGGAGGACAAACAGAAGUGUGAGUUCCCCCGAACGCCCCCCCCACAGCCCCCCCUCUGCUCACAGCCGGAGAUGGUCUCCGAGGACGACGCGUCUCUGGUCAGUGAGCUGGGUCAGGCAGCGGGGGGGCUCAUCCACAGUAUUCGUGAGGUCGCUCAGUCUCAUCACAGAUUGGAACAGGAACUGGCUCACGCUGUCAACGCCAGCUCCAAGGCCAUGGACGUGGUCUACAACAGCUCCAAGAGCUCCGAGGCUCUGAGCUGCAGUGUGGUGAUUCAUAUGGUGAAUAACGUCAAAGCUUUAAUCAGUGAGACGGAGCUGCUCCUGACUGGGAACAUGUCCAUGCAGCUGGAUCCUCCUCAGCAGGAGCAGUUGAACUCAGCUCUGAACUCGGUGGUGCAGCAGCUGCGUCUCCUGGGGGACGUCCCCUGGUUGUGUCCCGUCAUGGACCCGGCAGACCACGAGGGUCCUCUGACGGACUUUUCAAAACGCAGUCGAAGCGCCAAAUUUCGUCUUGUCCCAAAAUUUAAAAAGGACAAAAACAACAAGAACAAGGAGACGUGUGCUACUCUCUCACUGCCAGUUCAGCAGUGGGGGACGGAGGAGGUGGGGGCGUGGCUGGACUUCCUGUGUCUCACUGAGUAUAAAGACAUCUUUAUUGGACACGACGUCCGUGGGGCGGAGCUCAUCCACCUGGAGAGGAGGGACCUGAAGGACCUCGGUGUGACGAAAGUGGGUCACAUGAAGAGGAUCCUUCAGGGCAUCAGAGAACUGAACAGGAACAGCAGCGCUAGUGAAGCCUGACCAACACCAGGGACCACUGCUCCACUCACUACCUCCUGAUCUCAUCCCUCCUGGUCCACUCGACCUCGAGACCAGAACCAGGUUCAUGUCUUGAAUGAAGACUCUUUGUGAUUGGUCCGUGACCACGAGGGAUUUUGUCUGUGAUGAACGCUAUUUUUCAAAAAAUAAAAAAACUGAGCAUUCCCUCACACUUGAGAAUUAAACAACCAAUCAGAUGACUCGCAAGUGCCUUGUUACCUCACUCAUUGACCAAUCAGCAUCCAGGAUGUGAAGGGUGGGGUGGACUAAAGGGCUGCACCAGAGCCUUGGACAGUGUGGGUGGAGACACAUCAAAGUGUGACAUCAUGAGUCAAUACACUGUAAAGAAUAUUCAAGAUAGUCGUCACACGUGCAACAGGAAUCUCAUAUCUGUCCGUGACGACUUUUCACACUCGUUUGUGUCUCGAUGUGCGAAGAUGAACUCGCGUCAGGAUUUUAUCUGGUUUGUCAUCGUCCUCACAGAAGAUCCAUUUUCUUAGGGUUCUGUCGCCGAACUCGUGACCAUGUGACGAGAUUUGAUCGGGUUGUUUGUCCCGUGUGCUAACGUUAGCUUGUAUCUACAAUGAGACCAAAAAGUACCAAGCUGAAGUUUAAUUUAGUUUCAGGUUCUAAACAUGUCCGGUUCGUAAGUCUUAGCAUGCUAACGUUAGCUUGUUAGCUGCAGUCACACCAUAUUUACGUUUUCUGACCAAUGACAUGUUUUAGUGAAAACACAUUAGUGCCUUGCUCAAGGGCAGCGGUUCAUCCUCUGCUGUUUUUCGUGGUGGUCUGUAUUUAUUAGAUAAUUUAUCUAUUGAUACUGUUUGCUGUCAUACCUCUGUUUGUACAUACGCCCCCUGCAGGGCUCUCAGUGUUAAAACAUUCUGUCAUGUACAGAGGAAACAUCUGGAAGAAAUAAAUUCUGUUUUUGUUGUUCA